UCUCGCUCAUAAUACUCUUCUGACAUAUCCUACUCAUCAUAGAUCGACAGAUAUAUACAAAAAAAAAAAAAAAAGGAAGCAGUCCUCUUUUAUUUUUAUUUUUUUAUUUUAUCUGUUGAUUAGGGCCGGAGGAAAGUCUUGUUGGGUUGGUUAUCUACCUACAUUUCUCCUCCCACCCACCCUUUGCAUGCUGUUCCGGGUUGAUAUGGUGACACGUCAGCUACAGUGCCACGUAAGCAGUGCCACGUCAGCAAUGGCACGUCAACAGUGCCACGUAAGCAGUGCCACGCAACAGUGCCACGUCUGCAGUGCCAUGUCAAACGAGUGCCACCAGCGUUGCCUGGCUCAGAUUGAGGCUGAGGAACAACGCCAGUUGGCAGCCGAGGUUGCCCGCGUACAGGCUGAAGAGGCAGCAGCAGCAGAGAAGCUGCGACUACAGGCCGAUGCAGACRCAGACUCCCAGGCUCGCCGCAAGGAAGCCCAGGAUCUGCUACAGCGGCAUGAAGCCACAAGCAUCGACAGACUCAAGUACUGGCAUUUUGAACCGAACGGCGACGAGGCAANCAGACUCAAGUACUGGCAUUUUGAACCGAACGGCGACGAGGCAACACCGGAAGAGAAGCACAAGGAGUUCCUCUCCAAACUCGUGACGCGGUUGUUGUAUGCUUGCAACUACCAACGUUCAGAGUUGAAGAGACAGCACCGGGACCUCACGCAACAGCAUCGGGAAUUGGCGACGCUCCGCUGCACAGUGCAGAGCAACGAGGAUGCAACUCGGGCACUCAAUGCCCGAUUGUUGGACCUGGAAUACGCUGUACCAGGACCAGCUGCUGGAGCUUCCAGCAGUGCACCCUCAAGCCGCCAACUGGAGGACCGCGUUGGCCACGUAGUGGCAAUGCUCGGCGACAUCAGCACCUUCGCUGCGCCGACCACCACCAUCAGCAGUCAGCUGCAUACAUUGAAGACCGAGGUCCAGAAGCUGCAGUCGACGAACGCGGACGACAAUCCGAAGAUGUACAAGAUGCCAACUUUCAACCUGGAGAGGUUCGACGACUACACGCAGCAGGAUCCCGUCCUCUGGUGGGAAACAUUCACAACGCAACUCAGGAUUCUGCCAGUAGCCAAGCAUGYGUACAUCGGCGCCCUACUUGAAGAGCUCGACCCAAUGACGUUCACAGACUUCAUGUGGAUGCCCGUUCCCUCGACCGGACGAUUGCCGAAACCGCAUUGCAACGUGCUUGUGGCACAAUUGUGGAACUACUUGCAUACUACGGUACCAGCUCCGUUGAUGGACGCCGGAGAAGAGGUUGUCGACCUUCACGCUUUCAUCACGAAGAUCGACCGCGAGUUCAAGACGGAACGCUGCCACGUGGUAUCCGCCGCAAGCAUGCGAGCUUCCAUUAUCAGAGACGACAUUGAGGAGAUGGGGGUGUGUUUUCUCCAUGCCCUCCCGCCACAUGAUGCUUCAUCGAUGGACUCACCUUCGGAUCCACGCAUCAUCGAACUUCCCGACGCCUAUAGCGACGUGUUCGAAGGCCCACAUGGAGUAGUACUGGAUCGACCCAUCCGCCACAAGAUCAUCCUCGAGGACGAGGCCGUACCUCUGUGCGGUUGCAUCUACCGAAUGAGCGAGGAAGAGUUAAGUGUGCUUCGGGCACAACUCGACGACCUCCUAGGGAAAGGCUGGAUUCGGCCUAGCUCAUCGCCAUACGGUGCUCCUGUUCUCUUCGUCCGGAAGAAGAACAAGGAUUUGCGGUUGUGCAUCGAUUAUCGCAAGCUUAACGCGCAGACAAUCAGGAACGCCGGCCCUCUCCCACGCGUCGACGUCCUUCUCGAGCGAUUGGGCGGCGCCCARUUCUUCUCUAAGUUGGAUCUCAAGUCAGAGUACCACCAACUCGAGAUUCGCAAGGAGGAUCGCUACAAGACCGCGUUCAAGACUCGGUAUGGGCAUUUCGAAUGGCUGGUCAUGCCAUUUGGCCUAACGAAUGCCCCAGCCACUUUCCAAGCGGCUAUGACGACGGAGUUCCGACACAUCCUGGAUCGUUUUGUAGUUAUAUACCAUGACCACAUUCUGGUUUACAGCCGGAGUCUGGACGAGCAUGUAGAACACCUGCGCACCGUUUUGGAGCGGCUACGACAGACCAAGUACAAAGCAAACCGCGAUAAGUGCGAGUUCGCACAGCAGGAGAUGGAGUACUUGGGACACAAUGUAACGCCGUAAGGCAUCCGUCCGCUUGCGGACAAGAUCGAGGCCCUACGAGUAUGGCCCGAGCCCACCAACACCACGGA